AUGGGAGAAUCGAUUGGAAAUUCUUCAAAAAUUACAAAGAGCUCUGCUAGUGGGGCAUCAUCGGAUAACCCAAAUACACCUUCAAGUUAUGAGUUUAACUCAUCAUCACCAAUGGAGCGUCCAAUGGGACAAAAAGCAGCAAAAAGGAAGGGUAAGGCAAAGGAAAUUCCAAAUGCAAUGCAAGAUGCAAGGAUUAAAAGAGAAACAGCAAUGGAAAGACUAGCUCAAUGUAAGGAGGACGAGCUAGAACUAAAGGCAAUGAAUAUCAUCAUGAAAGACACUUCUACUAUGAAUGAUAAUCAACGAGAUAUUCAUGAAAAAUAUUGUAAUAAGAUGAAAAAAAUAUGGAAUGUAGUUAGUAUCAUUGACGUAAAAUGGUCAUUAGUACCACUUUAA